UAGAAAUCAGACUUUACCUUAACAGGGCAGGGUUAGUUUCAGUUUCAGUUUCAGAAAUUCAAGAAUUAAAUUUGACUUCUAGGACUAGGAAAAUGUAGCUCUACAAGGAGCGUAGGCUAUAAUUUGAAGGCGACUUGGGAGGACUUUAAUAUUUUGGGCCCGUGGCCGCACAGGAAUAAAGGAAGGACACUUUUGAGUACGAGCGAGGGAGGUGCUGCGUUUGCGAAGUCAUAGCCAUAGCGUAAAUCAGAAAUGCUAAACGUAUGGUCGAGGUAAAAAUGGAUCACCACGAAGAGGAACACGAAUUGAAAGUUAAGGCAACAGUAUCAACAUGAAAAAUAGGUCAUAACCCUCCCAUGCUGUACAAGAAAGCCCAGACAGUAAUAGAGCAUGGACCAGGCCUUUCCCAGCCUCCAGACCCCAGCCACUAGUCCAUUUGAACCCAACACAGGAGAGCUCCAGCUCAGGGUGGACUUCUUCAGAAAGUUGGGCUACUCCCCCAUGGAAGUUCGGUCUGCCCUGCUUAAGCUAGGCCUGAGUACAGACACCAACUCUGUACUGGGAGAGCUGGUCCGCAGUGGAGCCAGCACUAGUACUUCUAACUCAACCAUCCCUGAGAGUGGUGAUGAUACUACUGGCCCCACAAGCCACACAGGCUCCAGCAUGGCCUCCUCUAGGAACUAUGGCCCCAAGAGAGACAGACCAGUCCCAUUACUGGAAGACAGGCGGGACACAGACAGUGAACUGAAACCUAUCGUUAUUGACGGCAGCAAUGUGGCCAUGAGUCAUGGUAACAAACAAGUGUUCUCCUGUAGGGGAAUUGAGUUGGCAGUGAUCUAUUUCCUGGAUAGAGGUCACUCAACGGUCAUUGUGUUUGUGCCCUCAUGGCGCAAGGAGCAGCCCAGGCCUGAUGUCCCCAUCACAGACCAACACAUUCUAAUGGAGCUAGAGAAGAAGAAGAUAGUCGUCUUCACUCCCUCGAGACGCGUCGGUGGUAAACGGGUGGUCUGCUACGACGACCGUUUUAUUGUGAAGCAUGCCUACGAGUCGGACGGCGUGAUCGUGUCCAACGACACCUAUAGGGACCUGCAGGGAGAGCGUCCGGAGUGGAAGCGUUGUAUCGAGGAGAGGCUGCUUAUGUACUCUUUCGUCAAUGACAAAUUCAUGCCCCCAGAUGACCCGCUUGGUCGUCAUGGUCCCAGUCUGGAGAACUUCCUUCGGAAGAAGCCUCUGCUGCCAGAACACAAGCGCCAACUCUGUCCUUAUGGUAAAAAGUGCACCUACGGCGUGAAGUGUAAGUUCUACCACCCUGAGCGCACUCACCAAUCCCACUCCUCGUUGGCUGACGAGCUCAGGGAGAAGGCAAGGCUUUCCUCGGAAAAAGAGGACCGGAAUCCCAUUAUGUCACACCUGUGGGGCCCCCAGGCCGACCCGGGAUCCUUUCCCUCCUACUCUCUGGAGAAUGACCUGGAGCACAGGUUGACAUUAGAGCACCGCGGUUCCCUGAGGGAGGGUCCCAAGAGCCAGGUAACUGAGAACAUGUUGCUAUACUGGGAUAGGCCACGCUCCAGUAGGAAUCAGCAGGCCCGCAGCCCCACAGCAGUAGGCCAAGGACAGAUGGACUGGCCCAGUAUGCUCUCCCCCUCCACUACUACUGAUCUCCCCUAUGCCAGCAUCUCCCAUGAGUGCCUGGACUCUGGUUUUGGCUCCUAUGAGAGCCAGAGCCAGUACUCGGAUGUGUCCCAAGGCCACAGCAAGGCCUUCAGGCCCAGGCAGCAGCAGGGCUUCCCCUCUGGUUCCAGACAUCCAGGCAUACAUCCAGAGAGGCUGGCCCAGGACAGCCCCCAGCCCUGCAGGUGUUUCCAUUUGGCUCCCUCCUCAGGUCCCCAGCAGCAGCACCACAGCAACCCACACCUCGAUUCCCACUCCCAAUCCCAGCUGAGGUAUGACACCUACUCGCCUCCUCUGUUCCCACCCAACAUGCACCACUACAGCCUCCCCUGCAACUUCCAGCAAGACGGGGUGGGGGCACACCAUUUCCACCCCCAUCAGCACCCCCAGAAGUACUGGUCAGACCCCUUCCAUGGCGGGGUCCCCCAGGUUAGGGCAUCCUGUAGCCUCCCCCCCGGCCCCCACCCUACCCCGCAUGGAGCCCCCCACUCAUGCUCCUCUUACAGGAAUCAGCAGGAACACGACUCCUGGGCCCAGCCACCUCCACCUUCUGCCUUUGACACAGAGAGAGAGGAGCUCCGUAAGAAACUGCAGGCCAUUUUCAACCCCCACCAGGUGGAUACGGUCAUGGAGAUGUUCCCUCACCUGAUGGACGCCCAGAAGCUGGCUGCAGAGAUCCUCAACCUCAAAUCUCAGAGAGGUGCCUUCUGAUGCCUCUAAGCAUCUUGUCUAAGGGGUUGAUUCAGGGUUGAGAUAAGCUUGCACAACUCUUAACUUCCACGUAAAUCAUUCAUUGAUGUCAAUGGGGCGGCAGCGUAGCCUAGUGGUUAGUGUUGGACUAGUAACCGGAAGGUUGCGAGUUCAAACCCCCGAGCUGACAAGGUACAAAUCUGUCGUUCUGCCCCUGAACAGGCAGUUCCCAGGCCGUCAUUGAAAAUAAGAAUGUGUUCUUAACUGACUUGCCUGGUUAAAUAAAGGUAAAAUUAAAAAUUAAAAAUACUUGGGUGAAAAUGUGCCUUGAAAAUGUUCUCUUGCUCUUUUCCUUUAAUUUACUCUAACGGUUUGAACUGUUUUGAAUGUGAAAGGGCAACAUUUUGUUGUUGUCCUUCCUUCGCGAUCAUGUGCUUGCGUUGCAUAGCUUAUGUGAAAUCCAUGACAGGUAGUGUGUUCACAGUUUGGGAGAAGUGUGGAGAAUCGGCAUGAAUCCCCUGUCGUGUUUAACUGGAUUAUUUGAGAUUUUGACUUAUUGAAGUUGUAUACAUUUAUAACAGUGUAGUCAAAUCUUGCCUUUAGACUCAGUACCACGUCAAAAGUGAAUCUAGAGCAUUUGACUGUUGAUGCAUAUUGUAUCAUCAUUUGGGAUAUACAGUAUGUGAUCUCUCGUUUGUCCGAAAUUCAGCUCUCAUGCAAUAAGAAAUAAUUGUCUAAAAUAAUGUCCUUGUCUAAAAUGUCACCUUUUUACUGUUUUUUUUAUAUUGUGGUUCUGAUGGCCAUAAUGUAUUUCCUGUCUCAUAGACAAAUAUUCGGUUUUCCAUCUCUUUAUGCAGUGUGGAAUGCAAUGGUAUACCUUUUUCCGUGUAUAAAGCUACGCCCAAAGAGCCCCAACCACUAUGCAGUAUCCUUUUAACCAAGGGUAUAUGUGGAAGAAGCUGCCAAAGAACUGAAUGAAUGUUUUAGAAGCACUUUGUCAUUGAUCCAAAUGUUCUAAUUCCCUCAUAGACCAGAAUGUGACUUUUUCAGCAAGAUUGAUGUAUAAAAAUAUGUGUACUGUAAUAUGGCUUGUGAGGGUCUCUUGUAUCACCAAAGACUGGGUAAAUCCAAUAGAUAUUUUAAAGUAACUGUCCAGUGUUUCCCGAUUUCUAUGAAAUAUGACCUAUAAUUAAUUACAAUACAGUAUGAGUGAAAUGGUUUUCCUUCCAAAAUGUUUUAAGUAGGUUAAAAAGCAGCUUUUCUGUGUUGGAAUGGUGUGGGCGUACCCCAACAGAAUGGUGUGGGCGUACCCCAACAGAAGGGUGUGGGCGUACCCCAACAGAAGGGUGUGAGCGUAUAUCGUUUUUUUAAAUUUUUUAUAUUCAUGCGAAUAGACUGCUGAUUGGCUAUCUCAAGCUCCUCAGGAGGAUGACAACAUCCUCUGAGGAAAUAUUUUAUAAAAUGCUUGCUGUUUGUUUGAGUUUAAGGGUAUUUUUUUAAUGGUUUCUCCAAUUUAUGCUUUGGCCACAUACGAGUAUAAUAUGAGUCAUCAACAUUAUUUGGGUAUGAGUUAACAGAAUAUUAACUUUUUUUAAAGUGAGAUUCCCACUGGACAAUUACUUUAACAAUAUUUCUAUAUUAGUUGUUGGCUAUCCACUUUAUAGAUUUUUAAGUGCCUAAACAUGUCAAAUGUAUAAUUCAAUUAUCAUGGACAUUUUGAGUAGAGUUCUUGGUCUAAACAAAUUGUUAAAUUUUUUAUUUUUUAUUUUAAACUGUUUAUUUUACAGCACGGUAAGUAAUAGCUAGGUAUUUAAAGUCAGAAUGUUGUUAUUAUUAUGAAGCUGGUGGUACCAAGAGAUAGCAUAUCAGGUUAUUAGUGUUAAUGCAGUCAUAACUACAUGGUACUUUAAAUAAUUAACAGGUAACACUAGGCAUUUUAUUUCAAUGUAAAUAUUAUAUAUUUUUUAGAGUAGGCCACUUUUUCUUCAGACUACAAAUAGGUACUAUACCAAAUAGUUCAAUUUGUUGCCAAGUACUUUCCAGUACCUAGUACUUAUCUGUAAUAAAGGGUUACUCACU